AUCAAAGGCAGAGGAGGGCUGAGAGCUACUUCUUUCAUAUAUGGUUUGGUGGCAUUGGAGAACAUGGGAUUUGUUGCCAACAUGGUGAGCUUGGUGCUCUACUUCUCCUACAAGAUGUACUUUGAUCUGUCUAAUGCAGCAAACACCCUCACAAACCUCAUGGGAUCAACUUUCUUGCUCACCGUCGUUGGCGGCUUCAUCUCCGACACCUUCAUCAACAGGUUCCAAACAUGUGUCAUCUUCGGGACAUUUGAAGUACUGGCUCUUUCAAUGAUGACAAUCCAAGCCCACAACGAUAGCUUGCUGCCAAAGCCUUGCGGCAAGCCAAGUUGCAUGGAGGGCGGCGUGGCCGUCUACUUCUACACGUCGCUGUGCUUGCUGGCGCUGGGCGUAGGCGGGGUGAAGGGCUCUCUUCCAGCACUCGGGGCGGACCAGUUUGAUGCAAACGAUCCGAAAGAGGCUAAGGGCCUCGCCAGCUAUUUCAACUGGCUCUUGCUCAGCACGGUGAUAGGCUCGUCGGUCGGCGUUACUGUCGUCGUUUGGGUGGCCACCAACAAGAACAACCAUAACUGGUGGAAGGGCUUUCUUAUCACGGCUGUUGGAGCUUCCCUCGGCUACGUGCUGCUCCUCCUUGGGAAGCCUUUCUACCGCCUCAAAGUCCCUAAAGACAGCCCUCUUAUAAGAAUUGCACAGGUUAUAGCCGUGGCAGUAAGAAAUCGUGGGCUGUCUCUUCCAGAGAGCCCGAGUGAGUUGUACGAGAUCAACGAGAAAGAUUCAGAGUCUACAGCUUCAAGAAUUGCACAUACUGAACAAUUUAGGUGUCUGGACAAAGCCGCAAUUCUUCCCCCAAACACAGAGCCAUCCCCAUGGAAAGUCUGCACAGUGACACAGGUGGAAGAAGUGAAAGUCCUGGCAAGAAUGCUGCCCAUCAUAGCCAGCACCAUCAUAAUGAACACAUGCAUGGCUCAGCUCCAGACCUUCUCAGUCCAACAAGGCUACCGAAUGGAUCCUCACCUCGGCUCGUUCCGUGUCCCCUCUGCAUCGAUCCCUGUCAUCCCCUUACUCUUCAUGAUCAUCCUAAUCCCAAUCUACGACCGUCUCUUCGUGCCCUUCAUCCGCAAGUUCACCAAGCACCCAUCGGGCGUCACACAGCUGCAGCGUGUGGGCGUCGGCCUAGUGCUCUCGGCCCUGUCCAUGUCCAUUGCAGCAUUGGUUGAAGUCAAGAGAAGGAACCGAUCUUUGAAGAAUCCUUUAAGGCCUAUUAGCCUCUUCUGGCUGGCUUUUCAGUAUGGCAUAUUCGGGAUUGCUGAUAUGUUCACUCUUGUGGGAUUGCUUGAGUUUUUCUACAAGGAAGCCCCUGAGGGAAUGAAGUCCCUGUCCACCUCUUUCACUUGGAUUUCACUGUCAUUCGGCUACUUCCUGAGCAGCGUUUUUGUCGAUUGCAUCAACUCCGUGACUAAACGGAUUGCGCCCAGCCGACAAGGUUGGCUGCAUGGGCAGGACUUGGACAGGAACAACUUAAAUUUGUUCUAUUGGUUCUUGGCAAUCUUGAGUGGCCUUAACUUCUUCAACUAUUUGUAUUGGGCAACAUGGUACAAGUACAAAAACAAUGAUGAGAACGUCGCCGUUAGGCCGGCCACCGGGCCGCAGGAGUCCGUCAGCGACGUUCCGUUUCUCAAGGUGGAGGAGGAUAUGAGUUGCAAGGCUGCAAAUGGUGGCUGUGUGGUGGAGGAAAGUAAUGGGAGAGAGUAAAGUAGAUCAAGAAUGAACAAAAGAUAUAUAUAUAGUGGUGUUGGCCUCUUCUUCUUAUUUUUUCCUUGAUUUAACCAGGUUUUUUGUGUGUGGUUUUGAUCAUGUUAUGUGAAAUGAUUCUUGAAAAAUAUGGUUUGAUUUCAUACUUAGAUGUGGACAGUAAAAAGGGUUUUCAAGGAAUGAAGGUAAUUUGUUCUUACAA